AUGAUAGUACAAUUAUUGGCAAGGCGGAUAUUAAUUUUUGCUGCAUUUAAUAUUCUUCAAAUAUCAGCUGAUAACGAAAUUUCUGUUAAAAUUGAGCGACAUUUUCCAUGCUCAGAUAGCUCAGUAACUUUUCGACAAAAUUUAGGACCAAGUAAAGAGAAUUUAAGAAUUAAAUUUCCGAGCUACAGAUCGCCUGGCGUUAAAUUUACGGAAGAAAAAAAUGAACAAGGGCAUAAAUGUUUUAGAAUGAGCGGUGGCGAUGUACAAGUAUUUCCACCAGGUUUGGAUGGAAAAUUGAAAUAUUACGUGCAUUUGGAAACACGAAUUGGAAUACAUGGUAAACCUGAAAAAUGUGUUAACGCUGAUGAAAAUGGUUGCGGUGGAAUAGGAUCCUGCGUACAUUGCGAUAUUUGUCAAAAUAUGGGUGGCACAUUAAAAAAUUUUGUCCGCAUUUAUCAGAAAGACAAACCGGCAAAUUGUAGCGAAGAUGGCUUAAAUGCCGGAAUUUAUAAAGAUCUUUCGUUAAGGAUUUGUCUACCAACGAAAAAUGAACUUCUCCCUUUCCUCGAUGAGAAUACACAUCGAGCCGAGCAAUUGUGGGAUCUUUUUGUAAGCAGUCGCGCACGUCAUGGGGAAAUACCGCUCGUUAUUGCUGCACGUUUAUUUGAAAGGCCAAUUAAUAAAGUAAGUAAAAAAGAAUUGAAUGAUCUUUUGCAUGGAAGUAAAGCUGGCAUGAUUGGUUGUCAUUGGAUCUAUGCGACUGUCUCGCAAAAUUAG